CAUUAGGAUCUGGAGGCUGGAGAAGAGCAGUACGAACAGAGAGCCUGCAAAGCAGGACAAAGUAGUAGCUGAGGAUGGAGCCUCAGUUUUCCUACUGUGCUUGAACUCAGCGCAGCACCACUGGCUGGACCAGGGGCAGAAGACGGUUCAGCUCAGGUUGACUUGGUUAUUGAAGUUCAGCUCAGGUGAAGCCUGUGAAUCAGGCUGGACCAGGAGUCACAGCAGUGGAUUAUGGGUUGUUCAGCCAGUGUGGUCCUUCUCCUCCGUUCAGUGGGCGGUGCCGACUGCGGUCACAUGUGUUCAAGACAGGACCAGAUAUCAUUGGACGCUGCAACUCCUACCCUAGAGGGUUACACCAGCUCGGCCUCACCUCUGACCAUCAUUGUUAUGCAGGAGAAGCCGAAGCUGAUCGAUCCUCUCGACUAUGAGACUGUCAUCUCUGAGCUGGGGGACGAGCUGAAGGAAGACCCUCUCAGAGACCUGCUCCUGUUUCCUGACUAUGAUUUCUCUGUAUCCACUGUGCCUCAGGAGAGUCGGACUCUCAAGUCAACUGUUCCAGAUGGGGCAGAACUACAGGCUGAAUGUCUGCUGGUCAGACAGGCCUGUAAGUAUUACAACUCGGAGCUGAAUGUGGUUCAGUUCAAGUACGAUGACUACGCUGGGGACUACCGCCUGUUGCCCAGGAAACUGCACAAAGCAGAGAAGCUUCCAUCCCAUUCUUUUGAGAUUGACCAUGAGGAUAUGGACAAGGAUGAGGAUACCACCUCUCUGUCCUCGUCCAAAGGAGGAGGGGGAGGCGGUGGAGGAGGGGGAGGAGGAGGAGGUAUCGGUGUGUUUCGGUCAGGCUGGCUCUACAAAGGGAACUUCAACAGCACCGUCAACAAUAGCAUCACUGUUCGGUCAUUCAAGAGGAGAUAUUUUCAGCUUACCCAGUUGACAGAUAACUCGUACAUCAUGAACUUCUACAAAGAUGAAAAAAUCUCGAAGGAACCAAAAGGGUGCAUCUUCCUCGACUCAUGCACUGGUGUUGUACAGAAUAACCGCCUGAGGAAACAUGCCUUCGAGCUGAAGAUGAACGAGGUUACGUACUUCGUGCUGGCUGCCGAGAGUGAGCAGGACAUGGAGGAGUGGAUCAGCACUUUGACCCGCAUCCUACAGAUCAGUCCUCAUGAAGGUCCAGCUCCUGACCGCAAGAGUCUGGACCUCACAGACCAUCGGCAGGGUGAGACUGGUUCUAGGGGGGAAGGAAAUCAAGCUGGAAAGAGCAACAACGGUGAAAGUGAAAAUGAUGUGUUCGACCUGUCACUGAGCGACUGCUGUUUGCAGGAGAAUGAAGAUACGACGGUAGAGAACGGCAUCAAUCCAGAGCUAGCAAAGUACAUCUCAGAGACAGAUGAAGGAAUUCGCUCUGCCAGGAGAGAAGAGAGGUUGAAUCUGUUCUCGCUGGAUCCUGAUACUCCUGUUCUUAGGAGCCCACGGAAUGAGCAUUCAUCAGUUGAGAACGGAGCGGUGCGUCCGUUUGAGGAGAAGCUGGGCAGAAGGUUUAUGAUAACCUGCCGAUCACUCAACUUGAUGCUGCAGGGCUGCAUCAACGAGAGUGAAACUGGACCGGUCACUAAUAUCGAACCCUUCUUCAUCUCGCUGGCUCUGAUGGACGUCAGAGAAGGGAGAAAAGUUUCUGCAGACUUCCACAUAGACCUGAACCACGAGGCGGUGCGUCAGAUGCUCGGGGGCUGCAGUAAUGGGACAGUUGGUCUUGGGACAGGGGCUGGGGGUCAGGAAAACGGCCUGUGCUCUCCAUCUGAGAAAAAGCCAGGAGACUGUUACCUCAGCCUGGACCUGGACGACUGGCUCUGCUUUCCCAAACAGGCCAUCUUUUCUGUAACUAACCCCCACACGGAUAUAGUGAUGGUGGCGAGAGUGGAAAAGGUGCUGAUGGGAAAUAUAGCUUGUGGGACAGAACCUUAUAUCAAGAAUACAGACUCCAGCAAGACUGUUCAGAAGAUUUUGAAAUCCAACAAACAGUUCUGCAGUAAACUGGGGAAAUACAGAAUGCCUUUCGCUUGGUCUGUCAGGCCAGUGUUUAAGGACAACCACGGGGCGCUGGACAGAGAGUCUCGUUUCUCACCUCUCUUCAAACAGGAGAGCAACAAGAUUUCCACUGAGGACCUGAUGAAGUUGAUAUCUGAGUACAGGAGGGCUGAAAAAAACAGCAAACUUCAGACUAUUCCUGGAGCACUGGACAUCGCAGUCGACUAUAUUCCCCUGGAGCAUCCUAACUGCGUGACCUCCUCCUACAUACCGGUGAAGCCCUUUGAGGAGUUGAGCAAACACCAGCCCACUGUCGAGGUGGAGGAGUUUGUCCAGGACAGCACGAAGUUCACACAGCCACACCGCGUCUACAGAAACCACAUCUACGUCUACCCAAAACAUCUGAAGUAUGACAGCCAGAAGAGCUUUGCAAAGGCUCGUAACAUCGCAGUCUAUGUGGAGUUCCGCAGCUCGGACGAAGAAGUUGCCAAACCUUUGAAGUGCAUCUAUGGCAAGGCAGGAGGUCCAGUCUUCACCACAGCUUCUUGCUCCACAGUCCUGCAUCACUCCCAGAACCCGGACUUCUACGAUGAGGUGAAGAUUGAGCUCCCGACUCAGCUCCAUGAAAAGCACCACCUUCUCUUCUCCUUUUACCACGUCACCUGUGACAUCAACGCCAAGACAAACUCGAAGAGGAAAGAGACCCUCGAGACCCCAGUGGGUUAUUCUUGGCUGCCCCUUCUCAAAGAAGGCCGUCUGGUGUCCCAGGAGUUCAGUGUCCCCGUCUCCUGUAAUCUGCCUCCUGGAUACCUGGCUAUCAAGGAAGCCAGCAACACAAAGAAUGGAGCAGAUGUGAAGUGGGUCGACGGAGGAAAAGCUAUAUACAAAGUGUCCACCAAUGUCGUCUCUACAGUUUACACUCAGGACCCCCACCUGAACAGAUUCUUCCAGCAGUGCCAGAAGAGAGAGCUGGAUCUCUCACUACCUCCUACCUCCAACUUCCUCAACUGCCUGAAGGGUCUCCUCAGUAUGGAGAGAAUCCCAGUGAUCAUCCGGUUUCUGCCAGUGCUCUUCAACCAGCUGUUCAAGGUCCUGACUCAGAAUGACAAUGAUGAGGUCACUAUUGCCACCACCAGAGUGCUGGUUCACAUUGUUGCAAAGUGCCAUGAAGAAAACCUGGUUCACUACCUGCACUCGUAUAUUAAGUAUGUGUUCAAGUCAGAGGCCCACGGCUUCAGGACGGUCCACGAGGAGCUGGCAAAGGGGAUGACGUUUGACCUGAAGAGCAACGAGCAGGCAGCAGUGAGAAAUGUCCUGAAGUUCUCCUGGUUCUUCUUUGAGCUGAUUGUCAAGUCCAUGGCCCAAAAUUUGGCAGAGUCAGACAAGUUUAAGCUCCCGAGGCCCCAGCGUUUCCCCUCAUCCUACCUGAGUCGUGUGGAGACGCUGGUGGAGACGGUGUCUGAACACAUCUUCUGGAAAAACAAAGACCUGGGAGAGGAGACCCGCAGUGCCAACGCAGCAGUGGCAGCGUUUGUCAAGCGUUGCUUUACUCUCAUGGACAGAGGCUUCACAUUUAAACUGAUCAGCAACUACAUCAACAUGAUAACUGCCACUGACAGCAAGGUAUUGUGUGAGCUGAAGUUUGAAUUCUUACGCGAGGUGUGUAACCACGAGCACUACAUCCCUCUCAGCCUGCCCUUACCUUCGGCUCGUAUCGCAGACCAUGCAUCCUCAGAGCCACAAAGUACUCAUGUCUCAGUGCCCGAGUACAACCUGACCGGAGAGUUCUGCAGGAAGCACUUCCUGACUGGCCUGUUGCUACGGGAACUGGGGCUGGCUCUCCAGGACGAGCAGGACCUGAGGCACCUCGCUUUGGCCACCCUGAAGACUCUAAUGGCCAAACACUCGCUGGAUGCACGCUAUGCCACCAAGGAGAAGCAGGCGAGAAUCGCCUCUCUCUACCUGCCGCUGUACGGCCUGAUCCUGGACAACAUGCCACGAUUCUUCCUCAGGGACAUUUUCCCCAUCUACUUCACUUCUAGUGACCAGGGCUCUCGAGAUGACCUCAGUGUGGGAGGAGGUGUGGCUGCAGGGGUGAUUCCUGUUACCCGCCAUGGCAACUCUGUAGAUGCCUCCUUUUCCAAAGAAGUACUCAACUCCAUCACAGCCUUCUCUUCCCUGGCAGUUGCCUCGGCUAACCAGGCGGACUCUCGGGGUUCUCUAAUCAGCGUGGACUCAAACCCCAGCAACAGCGACAGGAACAGUGAGAAGAUGGACGGCUGUGAGAAGUUCGCUCGACCGCAGUCCCUCAUCGGUUACGGGUCUCGUUGUGACAAGCUGGACCAGGCGGAGACCCGCAGCCUGCUCAUGUGCUUUUUGCACAUCAUGAAAACCAUAUCUGAGGAUGUGCUUGUGUCCUACUGGCACCGGGCCGUUCACCAGGAGAUCUCUGACUUCUUUAACAUUCUGGAGCUGUGUCUGCAGCACUUCAGGUUCCUCGGAAAGCGCCACAUAGCCAGGAAGCUAGCGGCGGCAGUAAAGCUGGCCCAAUCCACCCAGGCCAAUGGCACCCUGAGGGGCUCUAACCACCCCUCCCAGUCCUCCCAGCCCUCAAGCCUCUUCCCACAAUGGAUGGCGUCGUCUGGAGGCGAUGGUCACCGACAUGCUCGCUCCCAAACUAUGCCAAUCAUCAGGGGCAAAAACGCUCUCACCAACCCCAAGCUGCUGCAGAUGAUGGAGACAGAUGGGAGUAUUCAGGAUGGGGACAACUUGAGUCCCACAGAUAUCGAGGCCAACUUGUCCACUGAGGUGUCCCUCACUGUGCUGGAUGUACUCGAGCUCUUUGUGCACCAUCAUAAGAAGCAGCUGUUGCUGGAUGAAGGACAAAAUUCCCUGAUGAAGAAGGUGCUGGACACCUACUUGCUCUUCUUUCAGAUCAACCAAUCAACAGCCACGCUACGGCACGUCUUUGCUGCACUCAGGCUCUUUGUGCAAAAGUUCCCCAGUUCAUUCUUUCAGGGUAAGGCAGACCUGUGUGGCUGUCUUUGCUCUGAGAUCCUCAAGUGCUGUAACCAUCGAUCCAGCUCCACCCAGACAGAGGCCGCCGCCCUGCUGUAUUUUUUCAUGAGGAAAAACUUUGAGUUCACAAAGGGCAAAUCAAUCGUCCGCUCACAUCUGCAGGUUAUAAAGGCAGUGAGCCAGCUGAUAGCAGAUGCCGGCAUUGGAGGCUCUAGAUUUCAGCAGUCCCUGGCUAUCAUCAAUAAUUUUGCCAACGGAGAUGCACCACUCAAGAACACUCCAUUCCCUGCUGAGGUGAAGGACCUGACCAAACGGAUCAGGACGGUCCUGAUGGCCACAGCUCAAAUGAAGGAGCAUGAGAAGGAUCCAGAGAUGCUGGUUGACCUUCAGUACAGUCUGGCCAACUCCUACGCCAGCACCCCCGAGCUGCGGCGCACCUGGCUGGAGAGCAUGGCCAAGAUUCAUGUCCGCAAUGGCGAUCUCUCAGAGGCCGCUAUGUGCUACAUCCACAUCUCAGCCCUGAUAGCUGAGUCACUAAAGAGGAGAGGCUACUGGAGAGCAGACAAGGCCGCGAUGUCCAGUGUGUCCCCUGAAGAAAGCCCUGUCUUUAACUGUAGCUCCUUACUAACUACCUCCCGAGAACAAGACACGUCGUUCUCUAUGGGCUGGGCGGCGUUCAUGUGCAUCAGCCCGAACGUGAAGGAGGAGGGAGCCAUGAAGGAAGACACUGGUACACAAGACACACCAUAUACUGAGGACACCCUGGUGGAGCAGCUGGAGCUGUGUGUGGACUAUCUGUGGAAAUCAGAGAGACACGAGCUCAUCGCUGACAUCAACAAACCUGUGAUUGCUGUCUUUGAAAAAAGGCGGGAUUUCAAGAGGCUGUCGGAGUUGUACUAUGACAUCCACCGCUCCUAUCUGAAGGUGACUGAGGUGGUGAACGCUGAGAAGCGGCUCUUCGGGCGUUACUACCGCGUGGCUUUCUAUGGACAGGGUUUCUUUGAGGAGGAGGAGAGCAAAGAGUUCAUAUACAAAGAGCCGAAGCUGACAGGGCUUUCAGAAAUCUCUCAGAGAUUACUCAAACUCUACUCAGACAAGUUUGGAGCUGAUAAUGUCAAGAUGAUCCAGGACUCAAAUAAGGUGAACCCUAAAGACCUGGACCCCAAGUUUGCCUACAUUCAGGUGACCUAUGUUGUGCCCUACUUUGAUGAGAAAGAACAGCAGGACAAAAGGACAGAUUUUGAGAGACAUCACAACAUCAACCGCUUUGUGUUUGAGACGCCGUUCACUCUGUCGGGAAAGAAACACGGAGAUGUGGAGGAACAGUGCAAGAGACGCACCAUACUGACUACGAGUUCCAGCUUCCCCUACCUGAAGAAGCGUAUCCAGGUGGUGGAGCAGCAGAGCACAUCAAUGAACCCGAUCGAGGUAGCCAUUGAUGAGAUGUCCCGCAAAGUCUCUGAGCUCAACCAGCUGUGCAACAUGGAGGAGGUGGACAUGAUCCGGCUACAGCUGAAGCUGCAGGGUAGCGUCAGUGUGAAGGUGAAUGCUGGGCCUAUGGCUUAUGCCAGAGCGUUUUUAGAGGAGAAGAAUGCAAAGAAAUAUCCAGACAACCAGGUCAAACUGCUCAAGGAGAUCUUCAGGCAGUUUGCAGAAGCGUGCGGUCAGGCUCUGGAUGUGAACGAGCGACUGAUCAAGGAGGACCAGCUGGAGUACCAGGAGGAGAUGAGGGCUCACUACAGGGACAUGCUGACUGAGCUGUCGGGCAUCAUGAACGAGCAGCUGCAAAAACGUUUUCAUGCUGCUGCCAGUGUUUCAUCUCUGUCUGCCAGCUCUCUGUCCACUCUUUCUAAGACUGAUUCCUCACACAAGACAGCCAGGAACGGAACGGCACAGCGCCUACUGAACGGCCAAUAGCCUCACUAGAAGAAGGACAAUUUUUCCCCUGAAUGUCUUCGGCAUGCCAGUUUGAGCCUCAUUCUGGAAGUAGUGGAAUUGUGACUGAUGGUGAGUGUAGAGAAAACAAGGGAAGAAGAAGUGUGUAGACUGUGGUUGUGAUAGUCUGUAGUCCUGUGGUUGAACGUUUGAACGUUGACUAUCUACAGUUAGAGGCCAGGCCGCUGGACUGUUAGCUUCUGUUUGGUUUUGGUUUUAGAGACUCCAUGUGCAGAAUGGACCCCUCCCUAGCUUACACACUAACAGACACAUGCAAACAAAUACGUACAGUGCAUUUUUUCAUACACACAAACACACAACAUGCGCCUUCUCUCCUCAACCCUGUCCCUUUAGAGAACAGUGACCUUACUGAGCUUGAGGUGCGUUCAGCUGUACUUGUAAAAUAAAGCUUUCUGGUGCAUUUUAAAGGUUUUUACGUUUUCUUUUUUUUUCAGUGAGGUAUUUAUUGUACUUCAGACUAUCUAAAAAGAACUUGAAAGAUGACUAAUGUGAAAAAAAAAGGGUUUUGGAUUACAGGUCAGAAACUGUAACUAACACAAAGAAGCAUUUGAAGAGUUGAACGCACCUCACGUUCCUGUUUGAAUGUAGAGCAGCUCCACAUUGCUACUUUGUAUCCUUGCUAAAGUUCUGGAAAUAUCAGCUCGGCAAAUUUCAAAUGGAAACAAAUAAAAUACAAACUUAUGUUUUGUAACAUUUUUAUGAUUGGAUUUGCAUUGUUACUGUUAUUAUUUCAUGUACUGUUUUGAAUUGUAAAUAAGAAAUAUUAAUAUUUAAGAAUGUUUGAAAUGUUUCUUUUUAUAAAAUAUACAAUAUAUAAAUAUUUGUUUAGCUGAAUUUAAAAAAAGAGCAACAACUAAAGUUUUAUGUAUAACAUUUCAAUAAAAUUUUGUUAAUGUCCAAAAGUU